AUGGCUUCAAGGAUCGACGAUCUAGCAAAGGUGGAUGCCUCCAAAGAAACUUGGACAAUUGUUGCCAAAGUCAGUCAUCUAUGGCUUAGUCCGAGCCUAUAUGGCUCAAAGCUACCAUUUUCAAUGGACAUGAUACUGAUGGAUGACAAGGGCUGCAAGAUACAUGCUACUGUUAGGAAGACUUUGAUAUAUCGAUUCCAGUCUUCGCUAACUGAGGGAAAAGUAUACCAGAUUUCCUACUUUGGUGUGGGCGAGAGCGGACGUGAUUUUCGCCCGACCGAUCAUCCAUUCAAGAUCAACUUUGAUAUUCAGACUUAUGUACGACUACUACCUAACAAGGCUAUCAACAUAACAUCGUACUCUUUCGUUCCACUUGCUGACAUUAUGGUUCGUGUUGAAUGUGCUUUUUUCGGGAAAUAUGUUUCUGAGGUCAUUGGUUAUCUUUCAUCAGUUGAUGCAACCAAUGCUGUCGUGGUUGUACAGUUUUGUAAGAUCAAGCCAUUCAAAUGUAAGACUAGCCUUCAAAACGUUUAUGGUGCUACUAGGGUUCUUUUUAAUCCUCAGAUUCAAGAAGCUGCCCCUCUCCGUGCUAGGUUUCUGGAGUCAAAUGAUCCUGCAGCACACAUCAUUAGCCCGCUUCAAGACAAUGCAAAAAAAAUAUCCCUAGAAGAAGAUUUUCUGAAAAAGAGUGAUGGGAAAACCAUCGAGCAACUCAAAGAUCUCGCUGAAAAAUCAUUUUGUGUUGUACUGGGUACUGUUAAGUAUAUUGCAGAGGGUAUGGUCUGGCAUUACCCUGCAUGCAAGUGUAGCAAGAAAGUGUAUCCUGCCGAUGCAAAAAAAGAUAUCAAGCAAGUUAUUGAUCAUCUAAUUUGA